AGGAGACUGAUCACAGCAGCUGACAGAAGCCGGCUUUGUUAGCGAAUUGGAAUUCCAUCAAGCUGUGUGGAGACCUCCAAGUGAUGCCAUCUUUCCCCUGCACUGCCGUUGUCGUCUUCGCUCUUCUGCUGGCCAUCAGCUGCUGGAGUUAUGAAGCUGGCACCACUGGAGUUGGUUGCCAUCUCCGCCCUUUCAAUGUGACCAUCAAGAGCGACCACCGAGGGAACUGCCGCAGCAAGCACACAGUCCAGGCCUGCGUGGGCUACUGCGAGUCCAGCGCUUUCCCCUCCAAGUACUCGGUCCUCCUGGCCAGCAGCUUCAAGCACAACAUCACAUCCGUGUCCCAGUGUUGCACCAUUGCCAAAAUGCGGAAGAUCAAGGUGCAGCUGCGUUGUGGGGCCACCCGGCAUGAGACCCUGGAGGUGUUCACAGCCAAGACUUGCCAGUGUGACACGUGCCGCCUCUCCAGGUACUAGGGAACAGGCCUGGGAGAAGGCACAAACUUCUCCUCCAACCUGCAUUCGUGAUCAUCAGUGCUGCUUCCAUUCCCACCAAAUAUGUUGUCUCACUGUCUGCUGUUUAACGCAAGGAGGAGAUGGAACAGCUAUUAGCCCGGAUGGCUAAAUAGGACUUCCUAGUCCAUCGAGUACUAGAGGCUGGCAGUUGCGGGUGGGGUGGCUCUUACCUUUAUGCCUUGCUUCUGAGCUGCCCAAAAGUAUCUGAUCAUCAUUACCCACCAUAGAAAACAAGAUGCAACU